AUGAAAAUUUUAUAGAACAAUUACUUCUGCCAAAAUAACAAUUUUUCUUCUAAAUAGUAUUGUAAAUACUUUGAUAAAAAUAACUCUAAUGAUUAGAGAAGAAAAGAUUUCUUAGUUUUGAUAGAGAUUUUACAUAAAUCAAAAAAAUUAAUUCUUUAAGAUAUUUACUUGUUUAACUUACUUCAAAAAACACUUAUGUUUACUUAAUUUGCAAAAUAUAAUUUGUCCAAAGCGAAUCGAAUUCAAUUUACAAAAAUCAAUAUUUUCAAUGUAAUCAUCGAUUCCUAUUCACAAAAUUAGGUAAUUAAAUUGAUAUGA